AUGUCUCAAGCUAAUUCCAUGAAGCAAAUAGGCUCCCGUGUGGUAGGUGGUUCGGUGAAGCGUAUGGAAUGGAGCAACAAAAUGGAUUUAAUUGCCUAUGGCACUGACAGAGGUGAAGUUAUAAUACAGCGCUUGAGUUGGCAAAAGAUAGUCACAUUUCCCUCACUAGGAGAAGACGUCGCAGUACGUUCACUCGGCUGGCAAUUGGAUGAAACUGUUUUAGCUGUCGGGUACAGCAAUGGACGUGUAACGCUGCUUGACGCUGAGCGCGAGGACCAAAUAUCUGUGUUAAACUUUGAGGAGGAUAUCAAGCGUGUGUAUUUCAGCAAAUCUAUAAAAACAUCUGAUUACCGCAGCACUUACCGUAAUCGUACGGAGCACACCUUUGAUUUUUUCCUACCGCCAUUGCCACCCUUAAGUGGCAUUGGCUCCUCCACCAAAAUGGCAGAAGAGCAAAGAUCCUUUGCUAAAGGUUCACCGUGCUUUCUUGUUGUUAUUACGGUUACCGGAAAAGUGCAUCUGUUAUUGCUCGGUGCAUUACGCGCCGGUCAAAUUGACUUACGACAGCAUGUGUUACAUCCGGAUGAAUUCGCAGUGCACGAUGUGCGUUUAAGUGGCGAUUUUAAUGCCAUAUAUGCUUUGGUAUCCGACGGUUCAGAACUUAAGGUACUACAUUUUCACAACUCCGUGCUGCAGAAGUACAUCUCACCCAUGCUACAUUUAGCAGUACACUGCGCCAAUGUACUAGAGACUAAGAAUUAUGUAAAUGAAACAAUACAGUGCAUUAUGGAAGCAUGGGAAACAGUGCUAUUAGAAAUGGAUAAUAAGCUCACUAAAUACGCGAAUCAACAGCCGGAAGGUUCGCUGUCCGCAGACUUUUUGGAAUUACUUGUGUUUGGCUAUGCCACACAUGAAAUUGAGGACUUCCUAAGGGAUGAUUUAACUGAGAAGGGUCUCAAGAAGUUGGCGAAUUCGGUUGAUCUCAGCUAUUCGACUGUGGAAAGUCUCAUCACUAAGCAAUUACAAAGCAGCGGUGUUAACAUGUUCUACUUUCUCAACUCAUUGAAAGGUCUUAGCCGCAUUACUCAUUUCUUUGAGCCUUUACUCUCAUGCGAUGCCACACAAGAGGCGCUGUGUGCAUGCGGCGCGUUUCUGAUGAAAAUACUAGAAGUGCAGCAAGUAAUCGAUCAGUGCGUGAACGACAUGAAAUUGUUUUUCUCAUGGCUCUGUAUAGUAAUUUUGCGUCUACAUCAACAAGACAUACCCGAAGAAAUGUCGCAAAUCACGCCGGAAGACACUAUAUAUUUGGCAGAAUAUUUGAACAGCUUUGAGGAUAGUGUUGUGGAGAAUGAGGAUGGUACUGUAACAAAGCGUAAAUUUAAUUUGGAAAAGGUGGGUCAGUAUCUGGAGAGUCGCAACUUGCAGCAAAUCGUCAAAUCAGAUCCACAUCAUCUAUGGCAUCGUUUGUUGGACGAAAAUGAAUGUUUACGUAAUUGUUCCCUGCUAUUUCCACACCAAAAGGAAACUUCACUAAUACAGGAACGUGACAAUUUAAUGUCAGCUGUUGACAGCGUUUUCAAACGCCCCAAUGAGAGUAUUAGUGUUAGUUUUAUGCUGGAUGCUAGCAUUAUUUGUGCUACGUUGCCCGCAUCAAGCGGCGAUGCUGACCAAGCCUUGGUGCAUAGUUCGUUUUUUGUGAAUGAAGAGGCAAAUACGGAUUUGUUAGUAACAACAAUUAACUCUCAUGAAACGCUCUUACUCGAAUUCAAUAAACAAUUUACGCUGCUUCGAUGUGUACGUUUGAAUUUACAACCGGGACCAUUUACCAGCGAGGCACUGCGUGAGGAUGUCUUCAGUACAUUGCGAUUUGUAGAUUUAGACUUUUACAAUGAGAGCGUACUCUCGAUUUUGCUACAUAGUAGCGCACAAAAUGUGGACAAGCAGAGCUUUUUCUUACAACUCACCCUGGAAGCUACCAAGGGGAAGCAGUCCCAGCAUUUAAUGCCGAAUAAUAUUAACUUGUUGGACGUGGCUGUACCGUGUCACGUACCAGAUCUAUUGGAGGGUAACAGCUUGAAACCGCUUGAGGGUGUGUGCACACAUUUGGCGGUGUCGGGCAGUAGGAAGGUUGUCACCGUGCUGUCCGAUCAAUGCCGAAAAAUGACGAUUUUCGAAAUGGAAAUCGAAGAUGAUGAGGACGACACGGAAAUGUCGCAAAAUUCGCUGUUAGAAAUAAGUAAAGAAUCUGCGACUUCUUCAAAUGAGUGAAAUAAAACAGAGAUUGUCUAUUUAUUUAUA